CUCAGGGUUAGCCUGCAGCAGGGACGAGCAGCUAGCGCGUUUUGAGGUGCGACGGUCUUUUUCGGUGUGGUCUUCGGGUCAGCGAGCGGCUGACGUCGAGUCAACAUUAGCGCCGAGGCGAGCUGAGCUUUCCUUGCUACGCGGGACGAGAGUUAGCAGCGGAGACAUGUCUUCAGACGAAGACAGGGCCAAGGAGAUUUUGAGAGGCUUCAAACUAAACUGGAUGAACCUCCGAGACGCCGAGACGGGCAAAGUUCUGUGGCAGGGAACCGAGGACCUCUCCGUACCCGGCGUGGAGCACGAAGCUCGCGUCCCCAAGAAGAUCCUCAAGUGCAAAGCCGUUUCCAGAGAGCUGAACUUUUCCUCCUCGGAGAAGCUGGAGAAAUUCCGACUUGAGCAGAAGGUUUUCUUCAAGGGACAGUGUCUAGAAGAGUGGUUCUUCGAGUUCGGCUUCGUCAUCCCCAACUCCACCAACACGUGGCAGUCCCUGAUCGAAGCGGCGCCGGAAUCUCAGAUGAUGCCCGCCAACGUUUUAACAGGCAACGUGAUCAUCGAGACCAAGUUCUACGACGACGAGCUGCACGUGAGCACGUCGCGGGUGCGCCUCUUCUACGUCUGAAGGUCGGAGCGCCUAUUUUCGGACUGCGCGCCCACGCUCCCUUUUGUGCUUCGAACCGACGACCGAACCUCGGGGUUCGCUCGCAUUCACUCAGGAACAAAAUGGCUUUCGGUAAUAGUCGCGCCACGGGCGCCCCCCGCUGGUCUGGCAACAACAGUACGUGUCAAGGGUGCUCUAGCGUUGGUUUUUGCUCCGAGUGUGGGAAUGCGAUCAAAUGCGUUCGUUGGUGUUUUUUCUAGAUUUGCUUUCAUUUUUAAUCCUACAAAAAAAAACAAAAAAUCUGCAUUCGAUCUCGAAAUGCCCCCAAAUCAACAGGAAGUGACCUGUUAUAAACAGGAAGUGACAACAAAAUGCCUCAAAAUCAGCAUGAAGUGACCCGAUUUCAACAGGUAGUGACCUGAUAUGACUCGAUUUCAACAGGAAGGGACCAGUAAAUGCCCCCAAAUUAAUAGGAAGUGAACUGUUAUCAACAAAAAGUGACCCUAAAAUGCAAGUGACCCGAUAUCAAGAGGAAGUUACCCCAAAUUGCCCCCAAAUCAACAGGAAGUGACUACGAAAUGCCCAUAAUCAACAGGAAGUGAUCCGAUAUCAACAGGAAGUGACAUAUCAACAGGAAAGAAGUGACAACAAAAUGACUCCAACAGGAAGUGUCAACGAAAUGCCUCAAAAUCAGCAUGAAGUGACCUGAUUUCAACAGGAAGGGACCAGUAAAUGCCCCUGAAUUAACAGGAAGUGAACUGUUAUGAACAAAAAGUGACCCUAAAAUGCAAGUCACCCGAUAUCAAUAAGUUACCCCAAAUAAACAGGAAGUGACUACGAAAUGCCCAUAAUCAACAGGAAGUGAUCCGAUAUAUACAGGAAGUGACCCAAUAGCAACAGGAAGUGACUACGAAUUUCCCCCAAAACAACAGAAAGUGACCCAGUAUCUCCAGAAAAUGACCCAAUAUCAACAGGAAAGAGGUGACCCAUUAUCUACAGGAAGUGACCCAAUAUCAACAUGGAGUUACCCCAAAUACCUCCCAAAUCAACAGGAAGUGACAACGAAAUGUCGAAAAUCAACAGGAGGUGACUCAGUAUCAACAGGAAGUUACCCAAAAUUUCCCCCAAAUCAUCAGGAAGUGACAUGUCAAUCGGAAGGAAGUGAGAACAAAUUGCCCCCAAAUCGACAGGAAGUGACCCAAUAUCAACAGGAAGUGAUUAGUAAAUGCCCCGCAAUAAACAGGAAGUGACAUUUUAUCAAAAGGAAGUUGCCCAGUAUUAACAGGAACUAACUGCAAAUCAACAGGAAGUGACCCAAUAUUAACAGGAAGUGUCAACAAAAUGCCCCCAAAUCAACAGGAAGUGACCCAAUAUCAACAGCAAUUGACUACGAAACGCCCCCAAAUCCAACAGGAAGUGACCCAAUGUCAACAGGAAGUGACUCAAUAUCAACAGGAAGUGACUGGAUAUGAAUAGAAAGUGACCCCAAAAUGCCCCCAAGUCUACAGGAAGUGACCCAAUAUCAACAGGAAGUGAUUAGUAAAUGCCCCGAAAUAAACAGGAAGUGACAUAUUAUCAAAAGGAAGUUACCCAGUAUUAACAGUAACUGUAAAUCAACAGGAAGUGACCCAAUAUUAACAGGAAGUGACC